AUGAAGCAUCCUCAAUGGUUGGCAACAAUGGAGGAUGAGAUCUCUGCUCUUCAUAACAAUCAUACUGGGACCUUAGUCCCUCGUCUAUCUGCUCCUAAUAUUGUUGGUAGUAAAUGGGUUUUUCGUACCAAACACAAAAGUGACAGCACUAUUGAGCGCUUAAAAGCGCGUUUGGUGGCUCAAGGUUUCACGCAAAUUCCAGGUUUUGAUUACUCACUCACUUUCAGUCCGGUUGUCAAGGCUACUACUAUUCGUCUUAUUUUAUCACUUGCCGUGCUUAAUGGCUGGCCACUUCAUCAGUUGGAUGUAAAAAAUGCUUUUCUUCAUGGCCACCUCACUGAAAUUGUCUAUAUGGAACAACCUCCUGGCUUUGUUGAUCCUCGUUUUCCGACUCAUGUCUGCCGGUUGAACAAGGCUCUCUAUGGGCUCAAACAGGCGCCCCGUGCUUGGUUUCAACGUUUGAGCUCUUUUCUGAUGCGCUCUGGUUUUAUUUGCAGCAGGGCUGAUCCAUCCUUGUUCUUCUUCUAUCGCGGGCGCAUCACUCUCUACCUCUUGGUUUAUGUGGAUGAUAUUAUUCUUACUGGAAGUGAUCCCCCCUUUCUCACUCAAUUUAUUGCUCGUCUUAAUGCUGAGUUUGCAAUUAAAUAUCUAGGAAAGCUUGGCUACUUCCUUGGUCUUGAGAUCACUUAUACUGCCGAUGGUUUGUUCUUGGGACAAGCCAAAUAUGCUCAUGAUCUGCUUUCCCGAGCUAUGAUGCUUGAGGCCAAACCUGUCUCGACCCCAUUGGCUGCCGGUUUUCAUCUUGUCAGUGAUGGAGUGGCUUACUCUGAUCCAACUCAGUACCGCUCUUUGGUUGGGGCCUUACAAUACUUAACCAUUACUCGCCUUGAUUUAUCAUAUGCCGUCAACACGGUAAGUCAAUUUCUCCAGGCUCCUACUAUUGAUCAUUUUCAAGCUGUCAAACAUAUUCUCCGUUAUGUUUGUGGUACACAACAUUUUGGACUUACGUUUCGCAGCUCACCUUCUCCCGCGGUUCUUGGUUAUAGUGAUGCUGAUUGGGCUCGCUGCACGGACACUCGUCGGUCUACCUAUGGCUAUGCUAUCUUUCUUGGUGACAAUCUCUUGUCUUAG